AUGGCCGACAAUUCCGUUGUGCCCGCAUCCCCCAUGGUGUCUCCUUUCCCAGUUCCGGGAGAAAUACUUAAUCACAUCAUUACUUUCCUGGAUCCUUGGGGCGUUUGGCAGCUCAGCAAGACCUGCAGGUACCUGCGGGACGUCAUAAAGCCUGGGCGUAAAGAGUACUUGGAAUUACUGCUCCAGUUAGAGUCUUUCCCAACCCUUGGCGGAGGAACACGUCUUUUCACCGGCAGCGACUUCAACCCGACUCCAAAUCUCAGUUUGUGGAAGCGAAAUUAUUGGGCGUGCUCCGGGUGCUUGAGUCUCCUGACUCACGAGUACUUCAACAACCACUCCCUCCUUCAGCUCGCAUACAGAAAGCUAGAUCCGGAAACUUCUGCCCAACGGUCCGUCACAUCGUGGAAACCGAGCCUACGCGGCAAGAAGUGGGGGCAGGAAGGACCCAAGUACUCGGCAUCUAACGAACAUGAACGUCUCGGUGCCAAGCGCCAUCAUCGGCUCUGCAACGAAUGCCUCUUCCGUGCCGGGAGGCUCAAGUCCAAAUGGGUCUCCGCCCAAGGCAUGCACGGCGGCACGCUCAAUACACCGAUCCAGAUAAGCCGAUUUGUCUGCUUCCCGAGCGCGUUGGAUCGGUACUUCCCCAAUGUAGGUGAAGCGCUGGGUCUCCCGGCGCCCAAGGACGGCAUCCUCGCAAGCCGUCAAUGGCCAUGGGUGCUCUACAUGGUGCGAUGCCCGAAUUGCAGCGUAUGGCAGGAGCUGAGCUCGUUCCGCGUCGGGGGCUCGUUUCCGGGCUGGAGUCCAACGCAUGGUGGCGAUGGCUUUGUUCGGUACCGUGGGGGUUUGAAUCAUGAGGAUUUCUAUAUCGAUCACCUGAGCUGCCACGCAUGUGUCUUGCGGUACCAGGGCUUCAGGUACCUGUGCGAAGACCUCUUGGAUUGGUACUGUCUAUUGAUGAAAUCUUCAAGAUUCGAGAUUGACCUCCAGCUCCUCAGUGGCUGGUCGGCGAUCAAGAUGAGCCAGCGCCGGUUCAGCCGCAAGCACAAGAAAGACAUCCGGCGGAUCCUCCAGGACGUGGACCACAUGUACCAAAAGCGCUACCGCCCUGACAGCGAGUUGGGGUAUCAGCAGGUGGCUCUGGUCCAGCUCCGUCACCGGGAGUUCAAGGAGAUUUGGGAGAAGAUGAUGGAGACUAAUAGUCACAUUGCACACGGAAAGCUGGGAACCAAGAGCUACUUCAUGUCAUGGCUCACAAACUUCGACAAAAUUCUAGCGACCUGGCAAUGGCUUCGGGCAUGCCAGGACGCGGUCGAGAGUGACCCUGGUCUGUUGGGGAAGUGGGCUCUAUAUCAACCCCGGCUGACUCCUCCUCGUCCACGACGAAAGUAA